AUCAAGAAGCAGCCGCCCAAGACGCAUAAGGAGAUACGCGACACCAAAAGUUUGAAGUCACACUCUAUCGCCGAGCACUUCUGCACGCGCUUUUCGGAAGGUGCCCAGGACCUUCUGCGCAGAGAUGCAGAACAGCAGGUUGAUUCGAUGGCGGAGACUGUGAGAGCUGCCAUGGAGGCCGCUGCGGAAAGUGCCCUUCCAGUCAGAUCUGUUAUCGCGAAACGGCCAUGGAUUCGAACAGCCACCCUUGACCUUAUCGAGCAGCGGAACACUGCCCGGGCUGAGGGGCAAUUCGCGUUAGAAGCUUCAUUGAACAAGCAAAUCAAAUCCGCUGCCAAACGGGACCGAGCAGAAUGGUUAGAGAAGGACCUCGCGGAGAACGGCUGGUCUGCUAUAAAACACUUGCGGCGCGGAAAAUCACACCAACAACAGGGCCGACUACAGGGCAUGGAUGGCAACCUCGUGGACUCCAGCGACAGGGCUGAAGCCAUGGCGACUUACUUCCAGGAUGUGCAAUGGAAGCGAAUUCCUGGCGCAGGGGAGGGCGUGCCAUCCGAGCCUCGACUGGGUCCGGUGAUAGACAGUCCGACCGGAGAGUUCUCUCAGAAGGAACUGAAGAAGGCAGCUCUGAACAGCCUGCUGUCUCGAGCUGUUCCGUACGGCCUGCUUCCCAAUUGGGAGAAAACCGUCGUCCUGCGCAUCGGCAACCCGGCGCCGAUUCUUGAUCCGAGCGGCCAACCCAUUCCCGGAGUGGAGCAGCACGUCUACUUCGGCGGCUUGCUGACGACCAGUGGCUCCGCCAGAGGCGCGGUAUCCCGGAG